AUGGCGCUCAAUUUCGUCUUCUUUCUCUUCAUUUCUCUCCAUUUCAACCUCGCGUACUCCUCUCCUUCCCGCGUGCUCAUCGGUGUCCACCCUCUAGAUGAGAAGUACUAUGAAGCGGAGAUGAUCGAGUGCCGAGAUGGUUCGAAAUGGUUCGCCAGAGACCGCCUCAACGACGAUUUCUGCGACUGCGCGGAUGGCACUGAUGAGCCGGGAACUUCCGCUUGUCCCACAGGCAGAUUCUACUGCAGAAAUAUGGGAAGUACACCAAGAUACUUGUUUUCUUCUCGCGUGAAUGAUAAAAUCUGUGGUGACUAUGAGUAUUAA